AUGGAUGGACACGUUACGUUGAAAGUGUUUGUGUAUGCUGUGUGCGUCGUUGGUGUGGUUAGCUAUCACGUCAUGUUUGAAAGUUUCGUGCAAGAAGCUGGAUUUGAGAUAGCAUUGUUCAAUAUACGGGUGCGAAAGUUUAACCGUACAUUAUCCGUAGUGAAUGGAUCGGUUGUUGUACAUGAUUGGGUUAACAACAGCUUGGUGUUUUCAUUGGAUUUAUUUCACAGUCGGCUCGGAAAUCAGCAGUUUAAUCACUAUCCAAUGAAACUCCCAUCGUCCGGUUGUUGCAACUUUAUUGAUCACGUUCACGACUACUAUGGGGAGUAUUUUGAAUCGGUUGAAAAUUUUCCCGCAGAAGGCGAAUGUCCAUUUUCCCCGCGAACAAUCAACGUGUAUAAUAUCGCUUUCCCUAAGGAUGUAGUGCCAUUGGUAAUGCCCAGGGGACUCUGGAAAGCGCAAAUAGUCGGAAGAAGCGAUGGGCAGAUCGCGGUGUCUUACUAUAUUCUUGUUAAAUUUGCUGAUCAUAUGUAG